AAACAAAGGCAUCCUGGGAGUUAUCUACAUUAACAGACCUUCCUAUUUAGACCUUUAUUCAAUCAGUGUUUGUGCACAGCCAUUAUCAAACAUCCAUAAAUAACUCACACUGAUCAUGCCUGAAUGAUAAGAAAAGUUAAAGCAACAGCUUCACUUUUUGUGUAUGUUAACAGCCAUUUCCUGCCAAUUUUCUGUAUAAUAAUAAAAUUCUCUGGAUCAGUGCAGGGCUAAUUUUCUUACACUUCAGUUUGAUUUCUACUGCGUGUAGAAUAAAUGUAACAUUUUGUUGUGCUACGGUGCAAAGACAAGCGAAAGCUGAAUUUAGGUUUGGAUCACUUCCUGUUGCGCUGCAGCUCAGAGGGACGUUUCCUGUACAUACAGUAUAUGAGGUCAGCAUCACACGCAUUUAUUCUGUGUGGUAAAGUCAAUAAUGGUGCGUAACAUCCCCUCAGCACUGCAAUUGAAGAGCUCACUCUUGUCCACAGCACACAUUUGCACUGUUUUAAAAAUAACCACCUGUUUAGUCAGUUUCAUGCCAAAUGAUACAGAGGAGUCAUGAAGAAAACAGGUGUUGUGUGGGUGAAUUUUGGAUUGAAAACAACAAUUGGAUUUCAGUUUCAUAGCAGAGAAACUUUGACACAGAGAAAACACCACAGAGAAAAACAAAAUGUACUAUUUUCUCUUUGUAACAUGAUUAAAUUGAAUAUCUAUCUCCCCAUUUGUCUGCAGAAAAAAUUGAUACAUGGCAAAAAACGUGUCAAAAAAACUUACUCCCAAGAGAAAUAAACAUCUAAAUUAAAGCUAUAUCAUUUCUGGAGCCAGUAACCUCUGCACAACUUAACUACUGCAUUUAACUCUCAGGGGAAGUUAAACAAAGGGCGCAGUAUGCUCUCCGAUUUAACGGACUCAGCCAGCACAGUGAUGAAAGAGGGAGGGGAGGAAAAGAUUUUGAUCACAUGGCCCACGAAGUCAUUCUGGAAGUAUGCUAGUGGGGUAUUGCCCACAGAAAUAUAGAAGCCCUUCGCAGUGAGCGGCUGUGUCCAUGCAGUGAGCAUCACUUUCAGAGCUUUGGAGCCAAUAGGCAACGUCUGGCUGGUGGAUACAAAACAGGAGACGAGCGAGUGACGACAGCGAGAAAAAUGGCUAAUCAAAGCGAGGACUCAGUGUUAACCACUGAGUGGAGCACCUCACCUCCACUUUCCAGCAGUUUUACCAUCACUGACACCUCUUCCUCAACCGUCUCCUCUCCCUCUGUGUUAGAUGAAAUUGCAGCUCACGACAUAACCUCCAGGGCAAACUAUGUCUACAGUUUCUUUGCAGGUCUGGGAUUCAUUGCAGGCUGCUUCCUGCUCUACAGCUUCAUUCAGACCUACAGAGCCCACAGACGGCUGGCCUGGCUCGACUGUCUGCUCUGGGCCUUCUGCUGCUUCCAGCUGCUGCUCCUGCUCCUCUCUUUCCACAUUGUGACCUACAGACCCCACUACCUGCAGACCACAGCUCUGGGCUGCGCUGCUCUCUCCUUCGUCAUCAACAUGGCCUCUCUGUGCGGCCUGUCUGUGUUGGUGCUCAUGGCUUACGUGCUAACCCUUGAUCCACCCUCCCAUGCUCUACUACGGAGGCCUGGUGUCUGUGCUGCUUUGGUGAUCCUGACUUCAGUCCUGAUCUCUCUGCUGCUGGCUGGGAUUCGUGGACCUAGAGAUGAUCUGCAGAAGGAGUCCACCUGUUUCAUGGAUCCAGCCAAAGCUGGUGUUUCAUACGCAGUGGCUAAGUUGUGCCUGGUUCUUCUGAUUCCUUACAUCCUCCAAGUAGGACUUCUGAUAGGUGGCUGUGUCCGACAGUGGAAAUCUAAAGGACGUUUCCUCUCUGGCUCUGAGGAGGGUCCCAUGUUCCUGACAGUGACUGUGGUCAUGUUUCUCUGCCUGUUGUUCUACAGCGUGGCGCUGGUGAGGGGAGCACAGCUACAGAGGGAGGGGAGGCUGAACCUAUAUGAGGAAGCGUUUCUGAGUGUGGCGGAGUUUGUACUGUUCUCAGGGAGCAGUGCCAGCCUGCUGCUCGUGCUGUUCAUGCACAGGCCAUGUCGAGAGAGUCUCCAAGGAGUGUUUAGGCAGCUAAGGGACUGCUGUCGAAGCCCGGGGCGCACACAGCCCAAUAGAAACAUUAUUGCUCCACAUAUCGAGAUCACAGACACCCUGCAGGACAUAGAGUCAUAGAGAACAAAAACUCUCUAAUAUGAGUAAAGAACUCCCCCAGAUGCAUUAAAUUAAAAAUGCUGGAGAUCUGACAUAUUGACAUUUUCUUAAUCUAAGUUUUAACAUGCUUUUGCUGUUUUUCUCUUAAUUGACUGUGUAAAUAUUUUUAUACACAUGCAUUCUCCUUUUUAGUUUCUCCAGUGGCUGAAAGUUUGUAAAACUAUUUUUCAAAUUUCAUUUUAUGUAUAUGUAUAUUUGUAUUUUCCAAUUAAACAAAUGUUAUAAAUUCUUAGAAUUGUGCAACAUAUAGUCUUUCCUGUUGCUAUAAUAACAACAAUAUGUUUAUAUCGUUGUUAUAAAUCAACACCUAUGAAUAAGGCCAUUUUUCCAUUCUUGGAAAACAGGCUCUGUUUGCAUAAACAUGAUUUGCACAAAAGCCCAUUUACACAAAAUGCCUGGAAAAACCUCUGCAAUGCCCAGAAUGUCACAUAGGAAACAUGCCGUCUUGGAAAAUAAAAGUCAGAUGUUAAGUUUAGGCUAGCAGUGUUAAAAUUCUUCAUUUAAGUUUUAAAAAUCUGUUAAAGAACAAAGAAACCGACAAGUGACACUGUGAACUUUCCAGUUCUUUUCAAGAAACUGAUGGGCACAAGUUCUAGGAAUAACAUGGAUCACGUACUGCAUCAGUGCCAGUAUAGGGUGGCACAAAACCUCAGACCAGUUGGAAAAUGAACACAGGAGCUGGGUUACAUAAGUUGACGUCAUGUGACCUGACCUGAUUCACACUGAGAAACUUUCAGUCAAGGAUCUAAUGUACAGUAAGUUAAUCCUCAUAGCAAAAUGUAAUGCAUAACAACAUUAACAUGGGAAAUUAUUUACAUUCUCAAAUAAGUGUCCGUAAACUAAAACAGAAAGCACAUAAACUGUCUGUGUUUAGAGAUUCAGGAGCAAGAAACAUAAUACGGGACCAUCCCUGUCUGUCCUUCAUCUUGUUUUGUGUAAAUAUCCCUUUAGUCUGUUCCCUGACUCCCAUAUUUAUAUAUUUCAACAAUAUACAAUCUAAGUCGUGUUCACACUUCAUGGUAGAGUGUUAGAUGACCCAAAGUGACAUAAUUAUCUAUGUAAUAAAAUACACCCACAUAUAAAAAUCGUAGGGGAUAUUUAACAUGACUACUUGCAGCACUGCCUAAGAACUUAAGUAAAGCUUUUAUUAAACAAUGGUGUUUGGCUAAAGAGAUAGAGAUAUGACUUGCACGUGUGUCUGUGUUGUGUAUUUUGUGUUUCUUCCUGUACGUGGUGGGUGGCACCACAAUACCUCUGUGGAUUUACUUUGCUUUCAUAGUCACCACCACUAAAGGACAGGGACGAGUGGAAAGACUGCCGGCAGUGCAAGGAAACAUAGACUAAAGAGUGGGCAUCAAUUCCACUACUACAUCCAAGACUACUCAGAGGAAUCAGAUGGCACCACAGACUCCACAGUGGCUAAAAACCCUUGGAAAGCUAAGAACUAUGAAAACUUAAUGGCUACCAACCACUGACACCAGCUCAACACAGAAGUGUAAUAUGGACAUGAAAACAUACAUGGGCUACAGAGUCAUCACUGAGGAUAACGUCACCGUACACCUGAAUGACACACAGGCAGUCGUCUCAGAUUUUCUGCAGGCGGCCUCUGAGAAUCAUCAGCGUUACAUUAUCAGCCUCAUCCUCUCUGGUCUCUACACCAUACUCCUCUUCCCUGUUGGCUUCAUUGGGAACAUCCUCAUCUUAGUGGUGAACCUAGACCACAGGGGCCGCUUAAAAGCCCCGGAUCUCUAUUUUGUGAACCUGGCCGUGGCUGACCUCGUCCUUGUGGCGGACUCUCUGAUCGAGGUGUUCAACCUGAAGCAGGGUUACUAUGACAAAGCUGGUCUCUGCACCUUCAUGAACCUGUUCCAGCAGGCCAACAUGUACAGCAGCGUCUUCUUCUUAACGUGGAUGAGCUUUGAUAGGUUUGUUGUGUUGACUGGUGCCGCUGGCCGCAGCAUGUCGCACCCACGCCUCAGCUGCUGCCUCAUCUGGGCGUCUUCAUCCUUGCUCACCGUGCUGCCUUUCGCCGUGGCUCAAACUCAGCACGCUGGAGAGCUCGACUUCUGCUUCGCCAACGUGACACAGAUUCAGUGGCUGGAGGUGACACUGGGUUUCUUGCUGCCUUUCUGCAUCCUGGGCCUGUGCUACUGGAGAAUAGCACAGGUUCUCCAGCACAGACACAGGGAACAAGUCUGCCUGCAGCGGAGGCCUCGCAGGCAGAAGGCCCUGCGCAUGAUCUCAGCAGCGGUGUUUGUCUUCUUCCUCUGCUGGCUCCCGGAGAAUGCCUUCGUAAGCGUCCACCUCCUGAGAGGUGACACAGACGGCGGCACGCUGUGGCAGGACUACCCCCUGACAGGUCACGCUGUCAGACUGGCAGCGUUCUCUAACAGCUGCCUCAACCCGCUCAUCUACAGCUUCCUCGGGGAGACCUUUCAGGACAAAAUGAGACUUUUUCUCCAGCAGAGGACCAGAUGGGCCAAACUGCACAGGUCAGCCUCAGGAAAAUCAAUCUGUGUAGCAGCUGCAAACACAUGCAGUCAUGCAACAUGCGACAGACCAAACCAGUCCACACAUUUAAGCUCUAACAUCCUCCCACAAACUGUUCUUACUUCCUUCAAAUAAAAACCAGUCGCAUAUGGUAGGCCACACACAUUAACACAUAAUGUUUUACAUUCAUGGACACUGAAAAAACAAGGACUUCCAUUUUGUUGUAGAAACUCUUAUGUUGAAUCAGUUAAUUAAACUUUAAGCACACCAUGUAUUGGAACUCUGGGAUCAGCUGUUUUGCAUGGUGUCUUGUCAAAUUAAAAUUCAGAUCUUUGAUGCCAUCUGGAAUGUAGCAUCAGAUCAAUUUUUAUUAUUUAAACGAACAUAUACAUAAAACGUUCUAUGGGCUGAACGACUUUUCACUGCUCUAAACUGGUUUCCAGCGCCUUGACGCCUUGUUUUAAAAAUUGUUUUAAAUACAACAUUUUAUGAUAAAGUUAUUACCAACUGCUGUAAGCAUCACAAAAUUAUAGGGAGACAUCUUCAGCUGUUAAUGU